CGAUUUCUUCUUUUUCUUCAUCCUCUGACUUCCUUGUUCCCCGCUUGGCCCGCCCGUCGCACUGCUUCUCUGUUCUUCUUCAGCGGAGUACUUUUUCUUCCCCUUCAUUUUCCUUUCUUUCGUUCAUCGUCGCUCUUUUUUUUGAGCACCUCUCGUGCUGUUCCGCUCAUUAUCUGGUUUCAAGCCUGGUGGUUUUUGUAAGGCUCGUCCCCCUUCAUUUCCUCGCCUUACAAACACCUUCCAAACAUCUACCCCCACUCCCUGCUUCACGGUAGACGGUCGCGUUCACAGCGCUCGCAUUCUGGUUGAAGGAGAGAUAAGCCUAUCUGCUGGAUCACUCCAUUGUACCCAUACCGUGGUCACCAUUUCAGGACUUUACAUCUCACUGCAACCCGCUCCAUCGGCCGAGUACACGUCAGUCACGUCUUGUAAACGUCACCUGAACCUCGACUUCCGUCUUUGCGCCACCACUUAGUCUGAUACCCAAGCCCCGGGUUGUUUCCCUCUUGCCCCUCCACCUCCAUCCGGACUCUGACUUUGAACUCCAAUGGUCUGUCUCUAUGGCACCCGUCACAACAGUUGUCUAGUACUAUGACACGACUGUUGAAAUCGUCAAAAUCAUUAGCCUUUUGGACCGAGCAGGUAGUGGAGCAUCUGUAGGUCGACUUGCUGAGAAGGUCAAAUGAGUUUUUCGCCGCAGCGUGCGAGAGCAGGCAAUGCUUCCGCUGCCGGCUCGGGACGAGACAUAGAGGAUGCACAACAGGGCUCGGUGACAGCGGCGAGAGAGCGGCUGAGGGCGAUUCAAGCAGUGCGAGCGCAAGCGACCAAGGAUGAACAAAGCCCAAGGUCGGGAGACAGGCUCAUUCAACAGACAUCAUCGCCACCGUCUCGGCAACCUGCACAAGCGUUCCCUUACUCUCCAAUGUCUCCGCAACGUACCUACGAUCAGGACUACGACUAUCAAGAACCCGCGUCCGAUGCCUCUUGGCCCUUGCCGGCGAGCAGGUACAACCCUGCUGCGAAUACAGCGUCUUCAGCACGUAGAAGUCGCGACUCGGGUGUCUUGCCAGAUCCCAACGCGAGGUCAUUUUAUGAGGCAGGAUCUCAAGAAUUUCCUCCCGAAACCUUGCAACUGCCUCAACCUGCAUUUAACAGAGGCCAGGAGAGCUACGGAGUGUCGGAUCAGUACUCUUCGGUCACAUCUCCCUCAGCACCGCCUCGAACACUGUCAUCGACUUCAAUUGGGUCACUUGGUAUACCAGACUUUCCACUGCCAACGUCUCAAUACCAAAAUGCUCGUCGCAGUCAAAAUUUUCCCCCGCAAAGCCGGUCGCGCCGUGGGCCGUCGUCGUUUUACUCUCAACUUUCAGGCCCUUUUGGCGUCUCCCCAAUUCCGGAGGAGUCUAAUUCCCGAACGACAAAUUCGUAUGCGUCGAGCAAUGUGAUUCCAUCUGCGCAGAUGAAAGAAUUCUUUCUCGACGAAACACCGUCCGAUGAAGACGACGGCUCGAGUGCUGAAUUUAACUGGUCUAAAGAUAUGGAGAAGAACCAACAGAGUAGCCCUGGGCUUGUUCGACAAGCCAGCCUUGGGAGGCUCCAGAAACCAGCAUUGACGACGAUUAGAAGUGGCGAGAAUCUUCGGCCACCUGUGGCAACUCCUGUGUUGCCCAAAGAAGUGCCUGGGUCGAAGAUGAUGCGCACGUCUCAGGUUGCGAGCAUCUUAGACGGAGAGAGUGUGCUUUUGGAUGCCUCCUCGACGGAGCAAUCAAGAAGACCCAGCUUUGGAAAUGUUGAUCUUUCAGAGCCAUUCAAUCCAAAUGAAAAUACGAAACAAGGCUUCGGGCGACUGGGUUCGCUCAGGAAGAAUGAGAAAGGCCUGGCUGAUCGAAGACAGAGCAAACUUGGUGCCUCAUCAGAUGGAAGAACUGCGAGACGACCGGCUAACAUAGACGUACAAGCCAUAAGAGAUGCGGAGGCACGCGCAUCUCUUACCAGUCUUCCCGACUUGAUUCGCCGAGCAACGAGACUGGCAGCAAAUCUUGACAGAGGAAAGACAGCAAGCAGACUUGGCAUGGAUUGGAUGACCAAUGACGACGAAAGGCCAGUCGCUUAUCGACCGUCCGAAGGUUCAUCAUUGGGCGGUAUGCUUGCUUCCUUCCCACCGCCUGCUACGAUGCCUCGAGAUCCUACGCCGAGCGAUCAAGAUACAGCUGAAGAACUGUACAAGAACCUGAACGUCAAAAGAAAAAGAGCUCAAGUCCCGGAUAGACGUGGUAGACGUCAGAUUUGUGGCAUGUCAAGACGAGCCUUCAUUGCGAUCGUGCUUUUCGUUUUCUUUCUGGUUGCUGCGGCGGUAAUCCUUCCAGUUUUCUUGAUUCUGCUUCCAAAUAAGAACAAAUCAACCAGCAGCGCGACAGUACCGGUAUCAACUGCGCUGCAAACCUGCCAGAAAAACCACCCUUGCUCAAAUGGAGGUGCUGUCGUGAUCAAUCUUGAUCAGAGCUGUGGGUGUAUCUGCACCAACGGCUUUACAGGAGCGCAGUGCACCGUGCAAUCAAAUUCUGGCUGCACGACGAUUUCUGCGACCAACACCGACAAGGCCACAGUAGGCACUGAUGUCCCCGAUCUGAUCACAGCCGCGCAGCAAAAGUUCAGCAUUCCACUCGACGCCACGGCCUUGUCCUCCGCAUUCGCAGUGAACAACAUGACCUGCACGACUGAGAAUGCAAUAGUCACAUUCCAAGACGCUUCAAAUAAGAGACGUGAGUUACCGUAUGCGAUCGGGCACAAAGUGUUUGCCCAGAGAAGCAAAAUGUAUCAUGGUCGUUCUGGAGACCUUGAUAUUGCAAUUUCAAGCACAGUAGACAUUGAAACAGCUCCUCCUACUGGCACUGCAACAUCUUCCACCAGUGCUGCAUCCGCAAUACCAACGGCUGCUCCAACGACAACUCAAGCUACUUCGACGACAAGCGCACCCACGAUGGGAGCCAACUCGACCACGAUACAGUUUGCAAAGGUGGGCGUUCUGUUCGUGCUGCAAGACAGCCGGGAGCUUGCCGUGGCCGUAUCAGCCCAGGAAACUUUGUACCAAUUCCUGCAAGAAGCAGCAAAGGGUGCGAGCUCCAUGCCGAUGAACAACAUUACUCUUGGCAGUGGUUAUUUCAUCGAUCUCACUUAUUAUAGCGUCACUCUGCGCAACUCUACAAAGUACGGCAUCGGCGUCAACUUCAAUGGAACCGCCACUGGAUUCAACAAUGCGAAGCGGGCAACAUCUGUAAGCUUACUCACGCAUUUUUUGUUCUGACAAACCUUCUGAAGGGAUCAUCGCACCACGUUCAAGGCGUUUAUGGGCAACGAUGAUUUCUUGUUCUUGGGGUUUUUUUUUUUGAAUCUCUACCAAAGAGCAGACAUUUUCUGCAUUUAAGUUUGGUUUCAUCUGUAAAUUAUAGUCACGAUGGCUGCCUGGGCAGUUUCAACGAACCGUUGUGUACAAAGCGAGGGUGGCUAACCAAGAGCUUCGGACGGUCCUCCUGUACUGUGUAAAAAUUUUGAUGGAAAACAUCAAGGUCGUCAUUUGAUGAUGAUUGUAAGCAUAAUGAGCGUAUAUACAACAAUUGUAUCUAGGAUUUGAAGGCAAGUC